AUGACCAGUUCCAUAGUUUGAAACUUGGAAAGUCUAGUCUUGCUUGAUCUAUGAAAUCUUGAGCUAAUUUUGCAUAAAAUUCAAAUCUUGGUGGAGUAUUAGUAAUUGGUUAAAAGAUGCAUGAUUUCUGCUUCACGAUCCCUUAUGGGUUAAUUUUGGUAUGUGGUGGUGUCAUUGGAUAUGCCAGCAAAGGAAGCACAGCUUCACUGGCUGGAGGUGCGGGUACUGGAUUUGCUCUCAUCUUAGCUGGUUACUUGAGCCUACAAGCAUUUCACAAGCGCAAAAAUUCUUACUUUGCCUUGAUUCUUGAAACUGCUUGUGCAGUCAUGUUAACAUGGGUUAUGGGACAGCGGUACAUGCAAACUUCAAAAAUCAUGCCGGCUGGCGUUGUUGCUGGUAUCAGUGCCCUCAUGACUGGAUUUUACCUCUAUAAAAUUGCCACAGGAGGAAACCAUUUCCCACCUAAGACUGAGUAAUACCAUCUGAUUUGUUUAUUUGGAGUUCCAAUUCCAUACUGUAUGUAUUGAUUAUUUGCUGUACACAGCCGGCUGAAAAUGCACGUUUAUUGAAUACAAUGGGAUUACUUUAAGGUGUUGAACAUUAGUUUUGUGAUAGACAAAUUGUCUUUACUUUAUGGUGUAUCAAUGUAACAAAUCAAUUAUUGGUCAUCAAUUUUUAUAACAAUGGUGUCCGGUCUAUCUUGCUCGCA